UACUUUUAGAUUCCACUUUGGUGGGAGUUCGAUUAAAAAAAAGGUCUAAUUUUCUUCCUUCUCAAGAAACUUUGACCCUGACAAAGUCAAACCAGCAGCGAUCACCCAUUUUCUCAUUUCAUUCUCGCUAAUAAGUUUUGCGUUCCCUUCGUCUGAUUACUAAUCGAAAAAGAAAUAUAAAGAAAAUCAGAUCAUAAAAAAUGGUACUGCCGCUGUUAAAGCUAGGAACUUUGGCCUUAAAAACCCUGAGUAAACCGGUGGCUUAUCGUCUCAAGCGACAGGCUGCGUAUGCCCCUAAGUUCCGCCAGUUCAUCGUUAGCAUUGCUCAGGCAAACCAUCAAAUCACAACUAGAAUGCAAAGAAGCAUUUACAGUCAUGCAACAGAUGUUGAGAUACGCCCCUUGGAUGAGGAGAAAGCUGUUCAGGCUGCUGUAGAUCUUAUUGGGGAACUUUUUGUCUUCACGGUUGCAGGAGCUAUCUUGAUCUUUGAGGUUCAAAGAAGUUCUAGAUCGGAGGCCAAAAAGGAGGAAGCACGUCGAGAACAGUUGGAGUUCAUUAUUAUUUCAGGCAAUGAAGAAAAGAAACGAAGACUUAGCUACACAAGUGGAACUUCUUAGACAUAAACUUGAAGAACUGGAGCAACUUGCUAAGCAACAGGGACUCGGUGGUAUUUUCAAAUUGAAACAUGCUAAUAUGGACCAAGGGGAAAAAUUGGCAAAACCAGCAUGAUGUAAACGGG